CUCAAAAAAUAGAUCAUUCCUUGAUAGUGCAUUUGUAUGAAUUGAUAAGAUUAGAGAAACUCCCGGAACAUACCUAUUUAAGUGAGUAUUGUCAUUACAGAUCGGAAAAAGGCUAGGAUGUUUUUGAACUACUUAGCAUUGGCUUCAUUCCUCAUUCUAGCAGUGAGGAGUGAGAUAAUUUAUUCUGGAGAUGGUAAAUCGAAGUUGCAAACUAGAUACGUUCCAAACGAUGGGAUGCUUCUAGAACUUAUUGUUGGUAAUGAGACGAAACUAUCUGGACACAUUGGAAGGAACAUUACCUUCAAACCCAAAAGCUGCCACGAUACCUCUUGCUCUUUCACAGAUUCCAGGGAUUUUAUUAUAACAAUAACAAUUUUUUACGACAGUUUCAACAUAGAAUGGUUCAGUUUCCAAAAUCCUAAUAUUUCGAAUGCGACUUUCACUGACUGUUUCGACUUGAACAGUACGAAAGUUUCAUGGUACGGAGGACCAGAAGUAUUAGACACGGCCUGGCCAAUUGAAAAGUUGAAAUUCAAUAAUCGACCAUACAUUUCGUCCAAACUUGAUAAUGGAGCCGUUGUAGAUCCCUACUGGCUCAACUCCAAGGGAGGUUUUAUAUGGGUCAACAGCACUGUUCCUCUGUUUGUAGACCAAAAUAAUGAGGAGAAAGAUAAAGUUUGUUUCAAAAGUGCAGUGAAAUCGCCGUACAAAAAAUUUUCUAAUUUCUUGAGUUACAACAUAGCUGCCAAAAACAACUCUAGAGAUGCCCAUUUAUUUGCUGUUAAUCGUUAUAUUGGAAAACCAAAACGCCUUCCCGACGCUCGUAUGGUGAGAGAACCUAUUUGGACCACUUGGGGAAAAUAUAAGGCAGAAAUUAAUGACAGCAGCGUUCGGGCCUUCCUCUUAGAUAUUUAUCGGCAUAAUUUCACGAAAGGACAAAUUGAAAUUGACGACAAGUGGGAAGUUUGCUAUGGGGACCAAGUAUUCGACACAAAAUCUAGAUUCCGUAAAAUCAAUGAAACUGUGAAAAUGAUCCAUGAUCAUGGUUUCAGGGCAACACUUUGGACUCAUCCAUUCGUCAACACGAAUUGCGCACGUCCAGUUCAAGAGGGAAUUACAGGCGGUUUAUUCGUCAACAGUUCAACCGGCAAUGCUGUUACUUCUUGGUGGAAUGGUAACUCAUCCUAUGUCAUAGACUUCACAAAUCCUUUGGCUUCAGAAUGGUUCAAGUCUAGACUGAUGAAACUCCAUUACGUUCAUGGAAUAGAUGGUUUCAAAUGUGAUGCAGGUGAAAACGAUUGGCUUCCAAAUAAACCAAUUUUCGAUACAAGUUACGAGGAUGAGCCAAAUUCUUUCACAAGGCUGUACGUCACCGCUUGUUCGGAACUUGGAGGCCUUGUUGAAGUUAGAUCAGGAUUCAGGACUCAAGAUCUGCAAGUAUUCGUUAGGAUGCUGGAUAAAGACUCAGUGUGGGGAAACAAUAAUGGUUUGAAAGCCUUGGUUCAUUCCCUUCUUCAGUUCAAUAUGAUUGGCUACACCUUUGUCUUGCCUGACUUGGUUGGUGGAAACGGUUAUAAUGGUACAAUCCCUACACCCGAACUAUUGGUAAGGUGGACACAAGCCAAUGCCUUCAUGCCGUCCCUUCAAUUCAGCUACUUGCCAUGGGAACUAGAUGAAGCACCUUUCAACACGACAGAAAUUGUGAGGAAUUUCACGAAUUUGCAUGAGAAGUACUCUGACGUCAUUUUGGAAGCUAUGCUCAAUUCAACACGCACAGGAGCACCUGUCAAUCCUCCUAUAUGGUGGAUUGAUCCAACAGAUCCUGUUGCUCACAAAGUGGAUGAUGAAUUCUUGCUUGGUGAAAAGAUACUGAUUGCACCAGUUCUGGAAAAGGGUGCAAAAUCUAGGGAUGUGUACCUUCCAAAGGGUAUAUGGAGAGAUGGAAAUAACUAUACCUUGUACGAAGGAAGAAGAACUUUGAGGAGAUACGCUGCUCCAAUCAAUAUACUGCCAUACUUCAUACGCAUCCAUGAGCAAUAAUCGAACUCGCUUUGCUCUCAUAUCUGUGAUUAGAAUACAAUUGUUUAAUAUUUAUUGUGAACGAAACCACAAUAUAAAUAAAGAUUUCAUCUUUUGA